AUGAUUAAUCAAUUCUAUCCACAAUAUCAGUAAUAAAACUGUCUAGAGCAUGAAACAGAGAAACUAGGGUAUAUUUAUUACAAAAUUGAUGAAGAAAUAGUUUAAUAUUAUUGCACAAAGUGUCUUUCUGAAAAUGAGGAACUCUCUCACAAAGUUUAACCAAUAUCUAAAAUUAUAUUAGAAAUUGAAGCAAUGCUGUUAAUAAAAAGAAGUUCAAUACUUAAUGAAUUAAAGAAGAUGAAGACAGAAAUAGAAAAAUAUAAAUAAAAUAUCUUGGAUAUUUUACUUAAAUGGUAACACGCAGUCAUUGAAAUCGAACAGAUGACCAAAACCUAUUAAUUCGAUGAAUAAGUGAUAGUUUUAUUUUCUUAAAACUAAUUUAAUACUAAUUUGGAAGAUUCUCAUUUCAGAAUUAAAAUUGAGUAGGAAAUAGAUAAUUAAGUCUCAAAAAUUUAGUACUAAUUAGAUUAAAUAAGAAUUUCUCUUAUAAAGUUUAAUUAGUUAAUUUCUGUGAAUAAUUAUUUAUAAUAGAAUUAUGAAAACUAAUUUUACAAACUAAUGGGAGAACAAGAAUAGUGUGAUUAUGCUUGUGGAAUAGAAUUAAAUCAUUAAAAUGAUAUUAUGGUUGCUAGUUGCGAAUCAGUGAUUAAAAUUUGGUAAUUAGAAAAAUCAUAAAUUGGAAAUUCAUAUAAACUAAAUUAGAUAUAAACAUUAAAUUAACACACUAAGAGAAUUCUAUGUUCUGUAUAUAGUAAAAAAAUUAAUUGGUUUGCAACGAGCGGAUGCGAUGGUAAAGUAUUUUGUUUUAAACUGAUUGAUAAUUAAUGGGUAGCUUCGGCGCCUGUGAUACACCAUGAAAGUAGUGUUUAUUGUAUGAUUUUAAAUAAAAAUGAAGAUAGGUUAAUAUCAGGUGGAUUUGAAAAGAAAAUAGUUGUAUGGAAAAUAAAUUAAGAUUAAAACACAAUAAAUUUUGAUCAGGUAUUGUAAGAAUGUAAAGGCUUCAUAUAAUCUAUUGCAAUUAAUGUUUUAGAUACAUAUUUAAUUUCAAGUGAUAUAGAUUGUACAUUAAAUCUUUGGGAAAAGAAUAUGUAGACUUCAAAAUAUAAUUUCUUACAAAAAUAUAUUUUGAAUUAAAAUAGUAAUGUUUACAGAAUAACAUUUUUGGAAAAUAAUGAAUUUGCUAUACAAUACGAACACAAAGACAUUAUUAGCAUUUUUUAAAUAAAAAAUUCGCAAAUAAUUUAAAAGUAAAAAUUUGACUUAAAUUUAAAUGUCAAAAAUUUUGAUGGAGAUUAUUUAUUUCCUUCUAUUUACCAUUAAAAAAAAAAAAUAUUAGUCUAAAAAUUCAACAGAUAUAUUUUUAUUAUUAAAAGGUUUAAUAAUGGAAUGUUUAAAAUCAUUUAAAUUAUAGAUUGUUAAGACAGUUUUAAUUAUGGUACUUUAAGUAAUGAUGGAAAUAUAUUAAUUGUUUGGGAUCUUCAUUCUAAAAAAUUUAAAAUAUAUUCUAUCCUUAUGAAUGAAAAUAAUAGUCUUUUUGAAAGUUAUGGAUACAUUAGUAUAGAAUAAACAAAAAUAAGAGAAACUAGAGAAAAUAGAGAAAAUAGAUAGAAUUCAGAAAUAAGAAUAUGA